UUUCAUUUUCAUUCGACACUUUACUUCACAUCUGUUAGUACGUGUCAUUUUGUUGCAUUCUCGCGUAAUUUCGGACUAUAUUUAAUUUAAUCCUUUAAUAAACUACAUUGUUUCUUAAAAUACAAUUUAUUUUUUCGUGAUUUGUGAAGCGCACUUUGCAUCACCAAAUGGCUAGCGACGGUUUUUUAAACAAAAUAUCUGGUUUUGCCACACUAGCAAUUCAUGCUGGUCAAGAUCCAGAGAAAUGGAACUCUGCUGCUGUAGUACCACCCAUAGUUACAUCUACAACAUUUAAGCAACCUGCACCUGCAGAACAUACUGGCUUUGAAUAUGGAAGAUCAGGGAAUCCAACAAGAAAUACACUAGAAGAAUGCUUGGCUGCAUUAGAUAAAGGGAAGCAUGCAUUAACUUUUGCAUCAGGUUUAGGAGCAACAACUACUAUUGCAUCAUUACUUAGCUGUGGUGACCAUAUUGUCUCCUGUGAUGAUGUAUACGGAGGCACAAACAGAUUGUUCAGGCGGGUGUUAGAAAGAUUGGGUCUACAGACAACUUUUACUGAUUUCACAGAUCUAGAGUGUGUUAAAAAUGCUAUCCAGGAUAAUACAAAGAUGAUUUGGAUAGAAACCCCAACAAAUCCGCUUCUCAAAGUAAUAGAUAUUGCCGCUGUGUCGGAGGUGGCUAAGGAGAUGGGCGACAUAAUAGUGGUCGUCGACAACACUUUCCUAACACCGUACCUACAGCGGCCGCUCGACUUUGGUGCGGACAUCGUCGUAUAUUCACUAACAAAGUACAUGAAUGGACAUUCUGACGUCAUCAUGGGAGCAGCUGUCCUUAACGACGAUUGUUUGGAAGAGAGAUUAAGAUUUUUGCAAAACGCCAUGGGAGUGGUACCGUCACCCACAGAUUGCUAUUUCGUCAACAGGAGUCUAAAGACUUUAGCUCUUCGAAUGGAACAGCAUCAGAAGUCUUCCUACGUAAUAGCUAAAUGGCUUGAAAAUCAUCCCAAAGUUACUCAAGUCUUACAUCCAGGUUUGCCAUCACAUCCACAGUACGCCAUCGCACAAAAACAGAUGACGGGGCAUUCGGGAGUGUUUAGUUUCAAGCAUGUCGGCGGACUACAGGAGUCUAGGAAGUUUUUGAGUUCCAUAAAGUUGUUCAUCCUGGCCGAAAGUCUCGGCGGAUAUGAGAGUUUAGCUGAAUUACCGUCAGUGAUGACCCACGCGUCUGUACCUGAGGAGCAGAGGAACGAGCUGGGCAUCACGCAUUCCCUCAUCAGGCUGUCUGUCGGCCUCGAGGACACAGAGGAUCUGAUUGACGAUCUAGAUCAAGCUUUUAAAGCUGCCUUCUGAUUAAUUUAAUAUUUUUUUUUAUAAAAAAAUUGAUAGUAAUAUAAUUACUAAACAAAAUUAUUACAAAUAAUCGUUAACAGCCGAAUCAAGGAACCAAUCCUUAUGAUCGAAGAAAAAACACUUAAAGACUCACAAUGGAUCGAUUAUUUGGUUAGGCCGUUAAAUACCAACAAAGCCAGACUGACAGAAGGAGACAAGAGAGAAAAAUCUGAGUAUCAAUCAAUACAUAUUGUUGUCUCUCUUUUAUCAAAGAUAAUGAAGGAGAUAGCAAUACGACGUUUUAGUACAAGGGCUACGACGAUUUCAACUCUACGCUAAUAGUAAUACUGAUUAAAAUUAGUUAAGCAGUUGAGGUUAUAAGAAGUCACA